GUGAUUGAUGGGUGUAACGUACCAGCGGCUGCUCUCGCAGGGGAGCCAGAGCCAGCGUCCGCGGGGCGGCGGCGUGCGGGCGCGGGCGUGGGUGCUGCUGCGGUGGGCGGCCGUGCGGCUGAGCUGCGCGGCGAGGCGGCGGUACUGGUGCGGCGGCGCAGGCCGCGCGCGGAAGCUGGCGUGGGCGGGGCUCUGCGGAAGAGGCGGCACGGCGGCGGAAAGGAAGGGCGGCAGCGGCAGGAGGAGUGCCACGGCGGGCGGCGGGGCCGGGGCCGGAGCCGGAGCCGGGGUGCUGGGGUACGACUCCGCCAGCUACGCGCGCAACUUCGAUGACGGUGCGUGGAAGGCCGAGGAGGGCGUGUCCUGGGCCGGCCCCGGCGGCGCGUUCUUCCCCGGCGCCAACAUCGGCGGCGCGGCCGUGGACACCGCCCGCCUGUGAUGCCGUUCCCAGCUCCGUCCGUCCGCUAGGUAACUGGUAACUGUUGCUGCGCUGGAAAUGGAUGGAUCGUGGUCGUGGAUGCGUCACUCGGGAUUUGCUUUCUUUUCUUUUUUUUUCUUGUUCAUCUGGAUUGUUGGCAUUUACUUUCUUCGGUCGACAAUGAAAGUAUUCAGGCCGUGCUUGUUCGGGUGCAAAAAA